CCAUGGAUCUAUCCGGAUCUGUAUAAGAGGAAGGGUUACCCCUGUACGACAAUUGAGCAAUCGAGACACAAUUCACUCUUUCUUGUGAUAAUUACCUCACAUCUCCAGAAAUGGCUCUUCAAAACAUCCUCAGCUUGUGUGAUUGUAGAGCUGAACAUAUAUUUAGCGACACAGUUUUAUUCUACGCAUCCCUACUAUUUUUCUGCUGCUUCAUCCGCAUCACAUGGUUAUCUGGCUUCAGUACUUCUCAAACAAACAAGUGGCUGUGUAUUCUUAUCUUUGACAUGGGCGUGCUCGGCGAGCGUGCCCUUCGCGAGGGCUUGCAGCCACACACAAAGGGAGCUAUGGCGGUUCUUUGGACUUGCGAGGCUGUAUUCAGCGGUUUCGUCUGGCUAUUCUCUCUGCUGGCCCCAGAGAGAUGACGCACUGCGGUUGCCAACCUUCUAGUUAGGGUGAAACAGAGAUCCUGCCCGCCAGCUUCCAUAGAAUCCUUGAAAUCCAUCAUCAAUUCCACAAGGAUCACGCUUUCUCCCCCAUCACCUUCUUCUAACCUUGUCUCCAAUA